AUGAUUUACCAAAAUUUUAUUUGUGUUAUUGUUUUAUUGGGAUUAUUUUCAUUUGGUGAAUUUAGAAAACUUCCUUCCUUUAUUACGCCAUGUCGACAAAAUGAUCCCGCAUUAAAUGAUUGUAUUGUUCAACAAUUUGAAAAAAUACGUCCACAAUUGAAGAAAGGAAUCCCAGAAUUUGAUUUACCAUCAAUGGAUCCAUUAAAUUUACCUACGGUUACAAUGAAUCAUGGAAAUGGUGCUGCCGUCAGUUUUAAAGCCGAUUUUACAAAUUUAAUUGUAACUGGUGCAAGUGAUGUAAUUGUUAAAAAAGUUGAUUUGGAUUUGAAUAAAUUGAAAUUGAAGGUUCAUGUUUAUUUUCCAAAAUUACGUAUUGAAAGUGAUUAUAAAAUUAGUGGAAAAAUUUUGGUUUUACCAAUUAAUGGGGAUGGUCAUUCUGAUGGAAAUUUCACAAAUAUUGAAACCAAAAUGGUCGUCUCUGGUGAUUAUGAAAUGCGUGAUGGAAAACGUUAUAUUGUAAUUAACGACAAAAAAGUAUCGUUAGUUAUUGGUGAUUCUAAACUUUAUUUUGCCAAUUUAUUCAAUGGUAAUAAGGAAUUAAGUGAAUCCACCAAUCAAUUAAUUAAUGAAAACUCCAAAGAUAUUGUACAAGAAAUUACACCAUUAGUUGAAGAAACCAUUGGUGAAUUAGUUCAUAAAAUUGUGAAUCAAGUUUUUAAUAUAUUCCCAGUGGAUGAAUUAUUGUUACCUAACUAA